AUGGAAACAUUUUUAAAUUCAAUUGUUUAUCAAAAUGUUCCCGCAUCAGAUAUUGAACGAGCAUUUGAACUUGAAUCUCAAGGAUAUCCACCUGAAGAAGCAGCAACUUUAGAAAAACUUGAAUAUCGUCAAAAAAAUGCUCCAAAAUUAUUUCUUGGAGCAUAUCUUCCUUCAAUUCCUUCUAAUAAUAAUAAUGAAUAUUUAAUUGGUUUUAUUGUUUCCACAUUAACGACUUCACAUUUUUUAACAGAAGAAUCAAUGUCUAAUCAUGAACCAGAUGGGAAAACUGUUUGCAUUCAUUCAGUGUGUAUUGAUAAACAAUAUAGAAGACGUGGAAUAGCAACUGAUUUAUUAAAAGAAUAUAUUGAGAGAUUAAAGAAUUUAUACAAGUAUGAAAGAAUUGUAUUAAUUAGUCAUAAACAUUUAAUUCCUUUAUAUCAAAAAGUUGGCUUCAUAUGUAAAGGUGAAAGUGAAAUUGUUCAUGGAAAUGAAAAAUGGUUUGAUCUUGUUCUUGAGCUCUAA